AUGAACUAUCAAGACGGCUCUCCUGUUCAAUUUGGUGAUAUUGUUACCAUUGGUUCCAUCAAGGAUAACAAGCUCAUCACUGUGGAAGAAGAUGGCGAAACUUUGGUUUUGCAUGAAUUCAUUGCUCCAGAGAAGCACGCACUGUUAGUCUGUGGAAAUAAUAACACUGAACCAGGACAAUUCUACUUGACAUUCAAGUGUAACCGUGGCUUCUUGUAUUGCGACCAUGAUCAAGGCGUCUUCAAGAGUGGUGUACCCUGGUUUGAAAGAACUGCUUUUAAUAUGGAAAAGCUGAAAUGCGCAGUAUUGGGUGAUGGUGAAUCUUUGAAGGAUGGAAUCAUAGUGGCCAAAGUAGCAGAUGCUGAAAAACAUUGA